AUGGCUUCCGACCACAACUCCCUGCUGCCCGACUACGGCCCCGCGGCCUUGGCCGACGGCACCUCCCGCGUCGUGGGGGGCUCCGGGGUCCAGCCGGGGGCCUGGCCCGGCAUCGCCAGCAUCCAGGCCACCUGGCAGAACGGCACGUGGCACAUGUGCUCGGGUGUCCUCCUCAGCUCCCAGUGGGUCCUCACGGUCGCCCACUGCUUCAUCAGGGUCAGCGAUGUCUACCGGUGGGAUGUGGUUAUCGGGGCCACGGAUCUGACUCAGCCGGGCCCUGAGGCCGAGGUGAGGCACAUCCAGAGGCUCCUGGUGCACCAGCACUACGUGGUUGCCACAGCAAGGAAUGACAUUGCCCUGCUGGAGCUGGACCGGCCCGUGGAGUGCAGCGACUCCAUCCAGCUGGGCUGUGUGCCCGACACCUCACUGAGGGUCUCGGAGCUCAAGUUCUGCUACAUCGCUGGAUGGACUGAUGGGGUCUCAUUCCUCUCUGUUUCUACAACUCCUCGACCAGAUGUGGUGCUGCAGGAGGCCAAGGUCCACCUGAUGGACACAGAGCUCUGUAACAGCAGCCGGUGGUACGCGGGGGCCGUGCACCCCGAAAACCUGUGCGCUGGGUACCCGCGGGGCGGCAUCGACACCUGCCAGGGGGACAGUGGGGGUCCCCUCGUCUGCAAGGACAACAGAGCCGACUACUUCUGGGUGGUGGGGCUGAGCAGCUGGGGAAGAGGCUGUGACAAAGCCAGGCACCCCGGGAUCUACACCUCCACUCAGCCCUUCUACAACUGGAUCCUGGUCCAGACGGGCCUGAGCCCGGCACAAAGAGCCGGUCCAGAACAAGAGCCAGCCGUCAGCUCCACCCCUGAGCAGCGUCUGAAGCCAGAGCCAGAGCCACACAUCAGCCUGACCCCUGAGCAGGACCUGAAGCUGGUGCCAGAGCCAGACAUCAGCUUGAUCCCCAAGCACAGCCAGAGACCGGCACCGACCUCCUCGGCCUUGUCAAUGCCCACGGCAUUCCCACUCCUGCUCCUGGUGCCAUUCCUGAACCUGCUGCAGGAGUUCCUGCACUUCCUGAAAGAUAAAAAGGCUUAA